AUGCAAGACGCAAGUGAAGCUGGUGAAACCCAGGACUUUCGAAUCUCGCAGGCUACACUAAUCGAAGUACAACAGGGUAGUGGAUACGAAAAAACAUCGAAGGGACAAAAGCGAAGACCAAAGUGUGCGAAGCGAAAGCCGACACAGUCAACAACCCAGAUAUGUGAAAGCUGCAUGAAUGUAGACGAUAUGGCGUUGCGAUGUCGUUGGUGCGGGAUACGCGAAUUUAUAUUUCAAGACAAUCCGGUGAAACAAUUCGUCGAUUUUGUCACGAGACCGAGGAAGAGUUUAAAACAGAUCAUCUGCAUCGCACACAACGCAAACGAAUUCAAUGCACAAUUUAUCCUACUGUAUUUGGUUAAGAGCGGUAAUCGGGUGGAACCUAAGCUUAUUUUAAACGGUACGAAGAUCAUAUUGUUAACCGUUAGACAAACAAAAUCUAUCAACAGUGUUAAUUAUAUGCCUAUGCGCUUGUCAGCAUUACCAAAAGCCUCCGGGUUAAAGGAUACUGCAGGCAAAGGCCUGUUUCCGCAUUUAUUUAACACUGUCGAAAAUCAACAUUACAUCGGACCGAUACCAGAUGCAAGAUACUAUUUUCCCGAAACAAUGAGACCGCCCGAGUGUGAGCGGUUUUUAGAAUGGCACGAGGACAUGGUGCGCAAAAAUAUAGAAUUUGAUUUCCAACGGGAAAUUGUGAGCUAUUGCCGGAACGAUGUCGAUAUUCUUCGACGGGCUUGUCUUGCGUUCCGUAAGAUUUUCCUGGAUCAUGGAAAAGUAUUUCCGUUUGAAGAAUACACAACCAUCGCCUCUACGUGCAUGAAAGAAUUCCGUAAAAACUUUCAGCGUGAAAAGGAGAUAGGUAUUGUUCCUUCGGGUUGGUAUCGGCGUGUCAACAAUCAAUCCCGCAAAGCGUUAAAAUGGUUGUUGUGCAUGGAACGCGAGCUCGGUUAUACUAUAACAUAUGCAGGUAGACCUCGUGAACAUCGCAUACCGGAAGGGCUGUUCAUUGAUGGGUAUUACGAAACAACGAAUCCUGCGCAAAGACACGUGUUACAAUUUCAAGGGUAUUUUUGGCAUGGAUGUUCCGCGUGUUUCAAGAUGAAUCGUGAUAGCCCGCUCGCGACCACCGUGAAGGGAGAUACUAUUGAGUCGCGAUACGAGCAUACACGCAUGACAACAUCUCAUAUACAGAAGCUAGGUUACAUCGUACCGGAGAAGUGGGAGUGCGUCUUCGAUAGGGAGUUGCAGGACAAUCAACCGAUGCACGAUUUCCUUGCGAAUCACUCGAUGUUAGAAACUGAGCCUCUCGAUCCUCGCGAAACGUUCUUCGGUGAUCGUACAGGGAACAUCGUCACCCGGUGCGAUGUAACGGGUACGAAGAAGAUACGUUACGUAGACGUAUGCUCCUUGUACCCGUUUGUGCUAAAGAAGGGCUCUUUUCCGCUCAGUCAUCCGGACAUGUACGUGGGCGAAGAAUGUUCCGCCUUGAUUCGUAUAGCUCCCGAUUUUGACUUUAGCAUAGUGGAGAGGAUCGUGCGGUGCAAGCAGGAUGCUAGCGGAUGGCCUGCUGAAUGCAUCAACGAUGAAGAGGCCAAAGAGCGAUACCUGCGGAAAUACGAAAAAACAGAGGGUAUUGUUUUCGAUAGAAACAACAUCGCGGUAAAUCCUGUGUUGCGUUCGGUUGCAAAGUUUUGCCGCAAUUCGUUCAAAUUCGAUCAGCGAUCUAAUCUGCCGAAUACCGAGGUCGUUAAGACACACGAAUAUUUCAUGUCGCUGCUUACGUGUCCCGAGCAUGAAAUCAUAAACAUGUUGCCUGUGAAUAUUGAACGAUGA